GAGUUGCAUGUCCGGGACUUCAGCGCAUCUGACAAGAGUGUGGCCUCGGGGCGGCGUGGGAAGUACUUGGCCUUCGAACAGGAAGGCACCAGCGGCGACCGGCAUCUGCGGAAGCUGGCGGCAGCCGGCAUGACCCAUGUCCACCUCCUGCCCACGUUCGACUUCGGUACGGUGCCGGAACGUCCAGAGGAUCGUGCUGAGCCCAUGAUGCCCAAGAAGGCUGGCCCAGACUCAGAAGGUCAGCAGCUAGCGGUGAUGGAGGUAGCAGACAAAGAUGCUUUCAACUGGGGCUACGAUCCCGUGCUCUACGGCGUUCCCGAAGGCUCCUACUCUUCGGAUCCCGACGGAAUGGCUCGCGUCCUAGAGCACCGCCGGAUGGUUGCUGGACUUCACAAGAAAGGCCUGCGCGUGAUCGCUGAUGUGGUUUUCAACCACGUCUUCGGAAGUGGACCAAAGGGCAACCACAGUGUUUUGGACAAGUGCGUGCCCGGGUACUACCUGCGUCGUAGUGAGGAUGGUCGGGUGGAGAACUCGACCUGCAUGAACAACACUGCCACCGAACGCUAUAUGAUGGAGCGGCUAGUUGUGGACAUGAUCCGGCACUGGGCCAUCCAGCACCGCAUGGAUGGCUUCCGCUUCGACCUUAUGGGACACAUCACCUUGGAGUGCAUCCAAAAGUGCCGCGCGGCGCUGGACGAGCUGUCCGUGGAGGAGCAUGGCAUUGAUGGACCAAGGCUGCUUCUGUACGGCGAAGGGUGGGAGUUCGGUGAGAUUGAGGGCGGAGCACGAGGAGCGACGGCCUGUCAACGACAUCUUGCCGGCACGGGCAUCGGGUCUUUCAAUGAUCACCUGAGAGGGGCCGUCUUGGGGGGCAACGCAUUCGAAGAUCCACGGCUUCAGGGCUUCGCAACAGGUCUGGGUCUCCGAGAGCCUUCCGAUGUGGCGCUGAAGACCACCACGAGCGAGCAAGACCUGCGCAUCGCCGCCGACAUCCUUCGCGUGUGCCUGGCGGCGGGCCUCCGACAGUUCCGUCUGGAGCAGGACUGUCUCGGCAAGCGCAACGUGCUGGCGAGCCAGGUGCAUGGUGGAAAGGCGGCCUACGUGUCCGCGCCGGAAGAGGUGGUCAACUUCAUUUGUGUGCAUGACAACGAGACCCUCUAUGACAGCACAAUCUGGAAGAUGUCACCGGAGACCACGGACCCAGAGGAGCGCAUGCGCGCAAACUGGCUGUGUAGCGCUACACUGGCACUGGGUCACGGUGUGCCGCUCUUUCACGCAGGCGAUGAAGUGCUGCGCUCGAAGUCUAUGGAUCGCGACAGCUACAACAGCGGCGACUGGUUUAACCUCCUCGACUACUCCGGGGAGACCACGGCCUUUGGCGCAGGGCUCCCGCCCUGGGGGAAGAAUCACACGAAGUGGGAGCUGAUGAAGCCGCUGCUGCGAGAUGACCGGCUCCGGCCCAACAAGGAGAUGGUUGCAGCCACCACUGCGAAGUUUUGCGAGCUGCUGGGCAUUCGCAAAUCCACGGCUUUGUUGGGACUGAGGGAGGCGGCGGACAUCGUAGACAAGGUGCACUUCCCAGGAUGUGGCUUAGGCCAGAUCCCGGGCGUUGUCGUCAUGGAGGUCCGCAACGGGACGUCCUGCGCAUCGGGAAAUCCCAUUUGCGACAAAUACUCUCGAGUUGUUGUCGUCUUCUCGGCACGCCCAGAUGAGGUGCGUAUCCCGGCACCAACGAGCCGGAGUGGCGGCAUGCUGAUGCUGCACCCACUGCAGGUGGCUUCGGCGGAUAUGCGCACCCGGGAAGCUCGCUACGACGAGGCCACCGACGAGCUGGUUGUUCCGGCCUUGACGGCCGCAGUCUUUGUGGAGCCGCAGUCCAAUCAGCCGAGCUUCAAAGCCAGCGAGCGCCGCGCUCAAUUCCGCCCAGCGCUGCGCGAGCGGCCCAUCGUCGGC